AUGGGGCAUAUAAAAUUAUUUUUGUUUCUGUUUCUGGCUGUUUUGGUUAGCGGUCAAGGCCCGAACCCUUUAGUGAGAGUAGCCAAUGGUGUUUUGCAAGGGGUUUGGGAAGUAUCUACUAAUGGAAGAAACUAUGCCAGCUUUUACGGUAUACCCUACGCUCGACCUCCGCUCGGCAAAUACAGAUUUAGGGAGCCGCAGCCACUGAAACCAUGGCUCGGGACGUGGGACGCCACUAAGCCGCUCUCGGCAUGUCUACAGUACGAACCCUUUAUGGAUAAAGUUAUUGGAAGUGAAGACUGUCUUUUCGUCAACGUCUUCACACCAAAAGUCAAGACUGGGGCGUCUCUCCCCGUUAUGGUAUAUAUCCACGGCGGUGCCUUCAUGUACGGCAGCGGCGAUGGGUAUGGCCCAUCACAUUUCAUGGAUAGAGACAUGGUCGUUGUCACUCUUAACUACAGAUUGGGACCUCUAGGUUUUCUGAGCACAGGCGACGACGUAAUACCGGGUAACGCUGGACUAAAAGACCAGGCCUUCGCUCUUAAGUGGGUGCGAGACAACAUCAUGAUGUUCGGAGGAAACCCCGACAGCAUCACGCUGACCGGGUGCUCUGCCGGCGGCGCGAGCGUACAUUACCAUUAUCUAUCGCCAUUGUCUAAAGAUACAUUCCACCGCGGUAUAGCCUUUAGCGGAUCUGCGCUCUCAUCAUGGACUCACGCAAAGAAACCACGUCAAAAGGCCCAAGCUCUAUCGGCCAUAGUUGGCUGCCCUACAUCCACUAACCAAGAAAUGGCGGAAUGCCUCAAAUACAGACCUGGAGAAGUACUGGUGAAAGCCCAAGUCGAAAUGAUGGAUUGGAAAUCUAAGCUGUUCACGGUCUUCACGCCUACUACUGAAGCGCCCGGGUCGCGAAACCCUUUCUUGUCACAAUACCCCUAUCUCUUGACCAAGUCCGGCGCCAUGCAGCGACUACCGCUUAUCAUCUCAGUCACAUCUGAAGAAGGAUUGUAUCCGGCUGCUGUAUAUCAAAAAGAUCCUACAACACUUCCGGAACUAGAAUCUAGAUGGGAACAUCUCGCGAGCAACAUUUUCGAAUACAAUGACACGCUGCCUUUAGACAUGAGGCCCAUCGUGGCGAAGAAGAUCAAAGAACAUUACUUAGGUGGAAGAGCUGUUGGUCAAGAUACUUUCCCACAAUUAGUCCAGGCUCUUGGAGACCGCCUCUUCGUUGCUCAUGUUGGACAGUUAGCUCAAAUUCACGCACAGUCAGGAGAACCAACCUAUCUGUAUCGAUACUGCUUCAGGGGACAGACGAGUUUGUCUAAUGUAAUGGCUAAUAAUGACAAGAAUUACGGUGUAAGCCACGCAGACGAUAUACUACUGGUCUUCAAAAGAAAUGGAGAACAAACAAAAACAACACAAGAAAGAGAAGAGAAGAAAACAAAUCAGGAUGAAGUCUUCAUGAGGGACGCUCUUCUUGAUAUGUUUGAAAGUUAUAUGACAGUUGGAGUACCACGUUUGCCAAAUGCACCUGAGUGGCAACAAGUGAAGCCGGGUAAAGAAAUAAACUAUCUAGAGAUAGCUGGACCUAAUAAUAUGCAAAUGAAGACCAGCGCGGACUUCGGACAGAGAUCCUUCUGGGACAGUCUAGGGUUUAUAGAAAAUGAGAACUAUAACGUUAAUAUUAAAGAUGAACUG